CAGCAGCAGCAGCAGCAGCAACAGCCCAACGGCGUCGGCGGAGCUGCCAAUGGCUACGGAGCGGCGCCAGGCGGGCCUCCGGGCGCUCCGGGCGCUCCAGGACCGGCCACCGCGGCGCUGCCCUCGACCAACGGCGGGCUGAUGACGCCCGGAGUCAACCCCCAUGCCGCCGCCGCCGCUGCUGCCGGCGGGAUGCAGACGCCCAUGGCCAGCCUUCCCGGCCGUCCCUCGCUGCCCUCCCAGGCCGCUCCGCCGUCCGCUGCUGCUCCCGCCGCCGCCCCUGCGCGCGCCCACAGCACCCCCAAGGCCAAGCAGGCCCGCCAGAGCACCUCCAGCCUGCCUGCGCCGCCGCUCGACGACGUGCACGCUGCCUUUGUCGAGUUCCGCGCAAAGGAGGAGGAUAAGGUCGGUCUUUUUUUUACUCCAUUUUACUCCAUUAUAUAUCCUUGUCUCUCGGUGCAAUGUAUAUACUGCCAGCAGGUGCGGGCCAAAAACACCAGCCGCCAGCGCCAGCAUCUGCUCGAGUGCCCGACAUAUCUCAACGUCAUGAAGGAUUCCAUCCCGGCAAACAACCUGCAGCACACCUUUCCCGAGGGAGACAUUGCCCGCUCCCUGCAGCUGCCCGCGCCCACGCUCGAGCUGGACUUCCGCAUGAGCAUCAAGCUGAAUCCCUCCGUCUCCCUGGGUCACAGCAUCUGGGGCCAGCGGGACUGGGUCACCUUUGUCGGCGGGCAGUGGGCCGGCAGAUGGGGCAAGGGAGUAGUCUUGCCCGGCGGUCAAGACUCCCAGGUGGUGGUCAAGGAGCUGGCUACCAGCAUGAAGUCGUCUUACCUCCUGCAGACCUCCGACGAACCACCCGCUUUCAUCAUGGUCAAGGCAAACGGCUGGAUGACCGGCGCCAAGGAAGUGCUAGAAAAGGUCGCCGAUCCCACCGUCGCCGACUCCAUCAACCCAAACACCUACAAGUACCGCGUCAACAUCUCCAUGGAAACAGGCGACGAGCGGUACGCCUUUGUCAACACCAUCAUGUGGGUUGGCAGCGGCUGUCGUCGUGGCUCGGAAGGUAUUUCUCUCCUCUUAUUUUUCAUGAUAUGA